GCCUGUGGGAAGGCGGGUCCAGAAGCCCAGAGUCCGGAAGGCCGCUUUGCUGAAGGGGCGGGAGAACCAGACGAUGCCCUCCUAUCCCCGCCCCCUAAAGGGCAGAGUGUGUGGGCCUGGAACGCCCGAUCCCGCGGGCUUCCUGGGAGCAGGCGUGACUCCGGGCAGAUCCCCCGGGCCCUGCGCCCCCGCCCCCCCACCCCCGCCGCUGGCGCCCAGUCCCAGGCCUGGUACUUGUAGGGGUUCACGGAGCGAACCCAGCGAAGGCCGGCCGGGCAAACUGGCCUGCCUGGGGUCACAACGGGAGCAGGCAGAACGUGGCACCGAGCUGCCACAGGCCCCAAGGGCAGCAGGGCCGUCCAGGUCCGGAGGCAGAGCGCACGCGUCCUCGCCAGGCCCGGCCCACAGUUCCAAUGGAGGGUGCAGUGCAGCUGCUGAGCCGUGAGGGCCACACCGUGUCCCACAACUCCAAGCGGCACUACCACGAUGCCUUCGUGGCCAUGAGCCGCAUGCGGCAGCGUGGCCUCCUGUGUGACAUCGUCCUGCACGUGGCGGCCAAGGAGAUCCGAGCACACAAGGUGGUGCUUGCCUCCUGCAGUCCCUACUUCCACGCCAUGUUCACAAAUGAGAUGAGUGAGAGCCGCCAGACGCACGUGACAUUGCAUGACAUUGACCCUCAGGCCUUGGACCAGCUGGUGCAGUUUGCGUACACGGCUGAGAUUGUGGUGGGCGAAGGCAACGUGCAGACUCUGCUCCCAGCUGCCAGCCUCCUGCAGCUGAAUGGCGUCCGUGACGCCUGCUGCAAGUUCCUGCUGAGUCAGCUCGACCCCUCCAACUGUCUGGGCAUCCGGGGCUUUGCUGACACGCACUCAUGCAGCGACCUGCUCAAGGCCGCACACAGGUACGUGCUGCAGCACUUUGUGGAUGUGGCCAAGACCGAGGAGUUCAUGCUGUUGCCACUAAAGCAGGUGCUGGAACUGGUCUCUAGCGACAGCCUGAACGUGCCUUCAGAGGAGGACGUCUACCGUGCUGUCCUGAGCUGGGUCAAACAUGACGUGGACGCUCGGAGACAGCAUGUGCCAAGGCUCAUGAAGUGUGUGCGCCUGCCCCUGCUGAGCCGGGACUUCCUGCUGGGCCACGUGGAUGCUGAGAGCCUGGUGAGGCACCAUCCUGACUGCAAGGACCUGCUUAUCGAGGCCCUCAAAUUCCACCUGCUGCCUGAGCAAAGGGGUGUUCUGGGCACCAGCCGUACGCGGCCCCGGCGCUGUGAGGGCGCCGGCCCCGUGCUCUUCGCCGUGGGUGGUGGGAGCCUGUUCGCCAUCCACGGAGACUGUGAAGCAUAUGACACGCGCACUGACCGCUGGCACGUGGUGGCCUCCAUGUCCACGCGCCGGGCCCGGGUGGGCGUGGCAGCAGUUGGGAACCGGCUAUAUGCUGUGGGUGGUUACGAUGGGACUUCAGACCUGGCCACCGUAGAGUCGUACGACCCUGUGACCAACACCUGGCAGCCUGAGGUGUCCAUGGGCACGAGGCGCAGCUGCCUGGGUGUGGCUGCCCUGCACGGGCUCCUGUAUGCAGCUGGUGGCUACGAUGGGGCCUCCUGCCUCAACAGUGCUGAACGCUAUGACCCUCUGACGGGAACAUGGACGUCCAUCGCUGCCAUGAGCACCCGGAGGCGAUACGUGCGUGUGGCCAUGCUUGAUGGGAACCUGUACGCUGUGGGUGGUUACGACAGUUCGUCACACCUGGCAACUGUGGAGAAGUAUGAGCCCCAGGAGUACGCACGACCUGGUGGCCAUGGACGGCUGGCUCUAUGCCGUGGGGGGCAACGAUGGCAGCUCCAGCCUCAACUCCAUCGAGAAGUACAACCCGAGGACCAACAAGUGGGUGGCCGCGUCCUGCAUGUUCACGCGGCGCAGCAGCGUGGGCGUGGCAGUGCUGGAGCUGCUCAACUUCCCGCCGCCCUCCUCGCCCACGCUGUCCGUGUCGUCCACCAGCCUCUGACCCGCGGCGCGGACUGCCCAGAGGCCCGGCCCCGCGGCCUCCCACAUGCCUUAAGCUCCACAGGGCGGCCAAAGCACCUCGCGUGUCAGGGGCGGGGUGCUCGGCCCCCACCAGGAAGGUCCUGCCCUGUCUGUCCUUGUCUCUGCGUCGAGGCUCGCCACUUCUGUGUUCACUGCUCAGUGUGUGUGUGCGUGUGCGUGCGUGUGCGCCGUUUACUUCCUUCCUAGUUUAUUUAUUUAUUUAUUAUCGAUCGGUUGGUGAACCGCGCAGCACCUACUAGUUCACACGUUUCCCCUUGACGUGUCCUGUGUCUCUGGGACCAAGCUGCCUUCCCAGGUGUCCUGCUCCACUGGGGGCACCAACGAGCAGUGGGGGUGGACACUUGGAUUGCGGAUGGGUCAGAGGUGAGCUCAGACUCUAGAACUGGAGGGACUGCGGGGGCAGGUGCAGAGCAGCAGGCCAGGGUUGCAGGGGUGGGGGGCGGUUUCUGAGCAGGUGCAGACCCUUCCAGCCUGGGCUUUGCAGGCCUCCCCUACCUUGCCCAGCCAGGCACACUCCCAAGAAGGGCAUGAUGCAAGCUUCCUUCUCGUGGGCGUGAUGUGUCUUCUGGAUCCUGCACUGAGCUGAGCACAGGGUGCCCCAGACCCCACACAGCAAUAUGAGCCAACAUGAACAAUAAACAUGUUUCUCGGGC